ACUAUCAAAGCUGAACUCCCAAAGUUUUCAGACUCGACUGUAGAAAUAUUUCAUAGCUUUCUACGUCGAAGCACACAGAAACACACUGAAAAUAUUGCACACACAUCCACAUGGGCCGCCUAUGAAUAUUCUGCUUGGGAUAUUACGUUUUUAACGAAGAAAAGUGCAUGUUUUCUUUUACAGUGUUUUUCAGAAAUUUAUACACGCUUAUAUCGCAAUAAUUCUCCAUUAAUAUUUCCAUUACAGAGUACUGUGAAUCCAAAUCCAUCUUCGAAGAAAAGGAAGAAAAUUGAUGACAUUGUCAUUUCAUUAAUGGCAAUGAAAAUGCCAGAAGCACGAUUGUGUCAUCUUCCAUUAGGGUUUAAUACUUUACAUAAACCAAAUCCAUUUCGAUCUUGUGAUGCAUCUAACUAUCCUAUUCCUUUAUUAAUCAAUACAGAUCUGAUUAAAAUUGAUGAACAUGUCCAAUCUUUAUUAGAACGUUUACGAUGUUUCAAAGAAGAACCACAGAUAGAAGUUGAAGAUCUGAAAAAUGACAUUCCAUGUGAUGAUAAUGAUGAGAAUAUUGAUCCGGAAGAAUUUGGCGAAACCUUUCGUACAUAUGGUUGUGAUCAAAGUGAUGAUGAUGGAGAAAAUGAAAAAGUAGAAAAGGAUAUGGGAAGAGAACAUUAUAUUUCAGUUGGAAAGAGUACUCUUCGGCACAACCUAUUCAUUUUGGAUGAUCCAAAGUAUGUUGGAAAACAUAGUAAUAGGAAAGAUAUAUUUGAUGAUUCCAAUGACAUUGAAGAUAUCGAAAUGACAUUCGGAGUAGGAUCUGAAUAUGACAAUGAAAAUGAGAUAACGGCUUAUAACAAGGAGGAUAAACUUUAUUCAGAUAAAAGGAAAGGUGAUGAAGAUCAGGAAUCAGAUUUUGAUAAUAAAGAUGAUGGCGCAUCUUUAGAAAAUGGUUCACUUGUUCAGGAAGAAUUAAAAAAAAUUGAAGAAGAUGAACGGAAUUUGUUACACAAGAUGACACAAAAUGUUCAAGAAGAUAUAAAUAAAGGGCGGCAUGUUAAAACACAACUGGGACUUUGGGAUACAUUUUUAGAUACUCGAAUUCGCCUCCAAAAAGUUGUCUCUAUUGCUAAUUCAUUACCUCAAAAUGAUGUUUAUUCAGGAUUUCUUGAGCAAGAAUCAGAGAUAGCUGUUCAAGAAACACGAAAAGAAUUAAGGGAACUUGUAGAUUCACUUAUAGAUUUAAGAAAGGAUUUAUACAACGAGAAUGAAAAUAUUGAAGGAAUUUCUGAUAACACGAUUAAUAGUCGUAAGCGUCAUCUUGAUGAUGAAGAUUACGCAGAGUACUUAUGGAAAGACAUGAAAGAAUUACGUGAUCAAUAUUUACCCUAUCGUAAGCAAACUAUUGACAAAUGGAGUAAUAAG